ACGACAAAAAUAUUUUUGGAUCAUAAUUGCAUCUUGAAUUACAUUGACAAAGAAAACGGGUUUUUCUCUUAUCGGAAAAAAAACGUGCAGAACUUAUGUGCCAAUGGGACAAUGCCAAUGGGGAUAUGAUAGAUGUAAAUAAAAGACGACACUUCAGAGCACCAGAAUUUACGUUCUCAUUUCACCUUUAUGCAUGACACCGCGCUUAAAAAUUUUUCAUUUCAUUGUUUUCUUGCAUUGCAAAGUAAUCGAGAUUGAAGCUUCACAGUAUUUCUUCUAUAUUCUUUUAUCUUUACGGUAUAUAGAAAACUGUUUAAUAUACUUUUUGUAGAGAAUUUCACGGCGCAUCUUUUCAGAAAACAAUAAAGCUUAGAGGAUAAAAUUCAACCGAGAUAUGAGCAAAAUACUAAGUGACCGAUUUAUUCUGGAACACCCGUUAGAUUCGUAGCUCAGUGGACUAAAGAGAUGAUAAGAAAACAUGUAGUUCUUUGGACGGAAGCGCGAUUCGAAUCUUUUCCAAAAUUUUAAAAUCUUUUUUAGCUUAAUUUUCGAAAGUACCCAGGAAUAAAAGUCAUAGACCCAUAUGCAAUCGACCAUGCUGAUUCUGAAUAUUGCAUUCCCCCGGACUCAAAUCGCAUUUGAAAAUUUUGAAAUCCGGUGAUAUGUUUUAUACUGUAAUUAAGAGAUAGAUUAUCUUUUUCACUUUUUUAUUUCAAUAAAGGCAGUGAAUUUCUCAAUCUUUUUCUAAAUAAAUACAAAGGCAUUGUGUUCGGCGGACGAUUAUUUUUCUCUAUCGUAUGGGAAGUAAUUUGACGAAUUGGUUAUGUCUAGGUCUAAAUGUUCGUGUUUAACUAACUUCUCUGAACGUACAAUGUAGAAAAGAAACGAGUGUUUAAUUUUUAAACUGUGAAAAAAUAGAAGUAAAAAAACAAAAUCGGUCAUAUUGAUAGAAGAAUAGAAAGAGUGUGACCGAGAGAAACAGACGUUAAUAUUUGUGUGGAAACAUACACUAUCGGUCAUUUUGGAAAGAGAAAUAUUGUCUGGUCAUUUUAAUUGAAGCGAGAGUGCACUUACAGUCAAGUAAUACAGUCAUAGAACGACAUUUGGUCUCGUAAACACAGUCGGUUUUGUCUAAGUGCAUUUUUCCAAUUCGUUGCUGGGUUGUUUCACAACUAAAGUACAUAACCCUCACUCGUAUUUUCAAACGUUUAGUGAUUUAUUAGGUAUUUGCCUUGGUGAUAUAAAGUAAUAUAAGGUCAUAUCGUUUUUGUUUUUCUCACUCAUUUCGAUUGCACUAAGACAGAUCUCUAGCAGUUUUCUCUUGUUAUUUUACAUUCAUGAGUGAAUGUAAAAUACAUAUAUAAAUAAAUAAUAUAUAAUAAAUAAAAUAUAGUAAAUUCCGAUUUCCACUUCAAUGUACAUUAGAACAAUCUGUAUGACUUUUAUUUCUAGUGGAAUUCGAAAGUCCCCUAUUACGGAAAUUAGAAUCCCAAUUUCCACUAGUUGAAAUUAGAAUAGUCACUUUAUUCUAAUUUGCACUAGUGGAGAUUGGAAUUCCAAUUUCCACUAGUGGAAUUCCGAAUUUCCCUGAAUUCCAAUUUCCACUGUCACAUAUACGUCAAAAUACAAUGUCGUAAACUGCCCCUAAUCAACACUCCCCAAGAAAGUCCCCGGGGCCUUCCUGUAGGCAUUGGUCGAUCUUUUUUAGUUUCAUAUAACUAAUUAGUAAUUAAGUGCCAGGCGUAGCACAUAUCAGCCAACGAAGGUUGAUACGUUAAUGAUGACUUUCUAGAAAAAAAUUCGUAAAAUUUUAUUAUAGAACUAUAUUAUAUUUAUAUAUUGUCUAUCUGCAAAAAAAACGGUGAAUGGAGAGUUGGCAGGGACUCCUCGGGGAUUGCACAUGUUGGGGACUCCCCAGGGAGUCCCUAGGGAUUACAUAUUUCGUAUACAUUUCGGGGACUCGCCAGGGAGUUUGAGGGUGACUCUCUGGGGAGUCCCCGGGAAUUAGCUAUUUUUCGGGGACUCUCCAGGGAUUUUUUGGCGAGAGUCGACUAGGGUGUAGUAUCCACCAUUGUAUACUGUAAGAAAACAAAAAAAUAAUGUAACACAGUUACUGCGUCUGCGUAAAAACUGAAUCUCAUUUAGUUGUCUGUGUCGAUUAGGAGAGCUCAUAAUCCCCGUACACUGUUCUCUUUUUAAACCCAGAGGAUAUCUUGUGGACUUUUACUAUACUGGAAAAUAACGACAGGUAUCGAUAAACACGUCUGAUUGUAAAAAAUAAACCCACCUUAAAUCGAACCGCUCGCCCUUCGUUCAUAAAAACGAAACCAUUGAAUUAAAUCGAUUCAUGUAGCAUUACUGUGAUUGAAGAUGAACAUUUUGAUGGCCGAGAAGACCGCUCCAACUACAGAGUAUAAGUUGUGAGCAGACGUUUGCUAGGUUUAGACAGUCCUAUUCUCAAUUUAGGUUUGCUUUCCUUUCUUUUACAGACACAAGUCAGCAAAAGAAAUUAUUGACAAUGGAAAAAUUGUUUUCCGAUGAAUUGUUUGUCGAAUUCUUUCAAUAUCUUCCAGUUGUGGAUCUCUUUCGUGGUUUUUACAACUUGAAUGUACGUUUAAAUUCAAUUUUAAUGGAUCCAGAUCUCUAUCUUUGUGUUAACCUAUUCCAAAUGACACGUGUGGAUUAUCAAUAUCUAGACGAGAAUAAUCUGUUAGAUUUACUACAGACAAAAAUUGUCUAUCUUAAGACAGACGAUUGGUAUUCUGUAAUGCUUUGUAAUCGACGAGGCGGUUCGGCAGAAUCAUCGUGUUCACAUUGGAAACGUUCACAAAUAUUAUCAAACAAAAAUUUAAAUUCCUACCCGAAUCUACGAUCACUUACUAUUGUACGUCCUGAUAAUAUGCAUUUUCAACAGUUGAUUGAUUUGCCAACGAACUUACGUCAGAAAUUAAUCUGUUUAAAACUUUAUCCGUCGAGAUUUGGAAUAAUGAGAGUAAGAAGAAGAUUUGUUUGUUCUCUGUGA